CAUUGGAAUAAAUCGAAGCUUUGAUUGAAGCUCUACGAAUAUCGAAGUUUUGCAUGUUUUAUUCCGUAUAGAUAUAAUUGUUUGUUAAAACGUUUACCGUACCGAAUGUGUCGAUCGUUAAUCGUUCAAUCUGCGAAUCGCUUUCGCGAUGAAAUUGUACGGAUAAAUUUUACGAGUAAAUUAAAAAUCGAGAUAUGCGAAGAAAUUCAACAGAAAUUCAAGGGUUUGGGGAAACUGCGAAGAUUCAGAGAGAACCGUUAGAUUUUGAAGAAGCGAUGCAGAUGCAUCUCAGAAAGAUAUGGCGGGAUAUUGUUGAUCUAUAUCGCGGGCUUCAUUGGGUGGAAUCUUGCCAAAUCGACGAGGGAUGGGCGCAAAUAUUAGAGAUCUGCGCAAUUCGUUUCGGGAGCAACCGAAUACGAAUACGCUCAGGAUAACUGCUCGUCUUAACCAAGAAUCACCAAAUUGGUAUCAAUUUAUUAAUAUUUACAAUUAAUAAUUUGGUAUAAUUUCGAAUUGUAGCAAAAUGAAAAAUAAUUUUAUCCCGAACGAUGUUGCGGAGAAUUUUGCAGCCGAGCGAUAUCCCAGGAAAUUAUUACUCAAACAAAGCGCGAACGUGGAGAGCUUUAAGUGGCGUUAUUAAUAAUUCACCCCUACUUGAUGUAGAUAGAUUGCCACAAGAAGAACAGUCUUCCAAAAUCUCCGAGAAACCAUCGCGGCAUUUUUCCGCACUCUCACGUGGAAUCAAUGAGAUUUUUCACAUCGCCACUUAUGCACCCCCGACCGGCGUGUUUAUCUCGUUUCAUCUUCUUUCAUCUGGCCCCGUCUCGCCCCCGGAUUAUCACAGGCGCCUAUGUCCGCAGUUUGCUUCCCGCUCGAUUGUCCGUCGUCUUUUGCGCGCUUGCACUUCGUAAACACAUUUGUCACCGCCUGACUGUGAUUCACCCCUCUCGUUGCCAUACUUUAAGUUCGGCUGCACCGCCGCUGAGAACUACCACGUCGCAUCGACAUCGCCAUGGCAACUGUUUAGAAUCGUGUGUGUUCUUUUCCAAACAAACGCCCCCGACCGACCGAUCGGAGGUAGUGUACGUAGAAACCGUUCGGCCGCGGAGGCUGCGUGGAUUAAUUAACAUCUAUCUUUUUGUUACCGGUGGGGGGCUGAUCACCCCUGAAGACCAUGAACGACUGCCUGUCGUUGAACGCGACCGCCUGUCGCGUUACUCAACUGGCGCGGGAAAAGGAAGAGAAACGUGCCCUGGAGCGUAGGCGUCAUCUUGUUUACCUGAUCGCCGCCUUCUUACGAGAACAAGGAUAUUCCAAUACCGCGGAGAGCCUCUUGAAGGAAGCGCAGCUCUGCCGGGACGUUCACGUAUGCGAUAAUAUCGACCUGGAGACCAUCAUUCUCGAGUACGCCGAUUAUUAUUACGCCAAGUACAACAGAUAUCCUAAGUUCUGCAAGAAGAUGGAAGCAGCCGGCAACGUCGCGCAAAAUACCUGCGGUAAAAAGGAGAGAGUCUCGAAAACUUUUAAUUUGAGACAAGAGGACGGUCGAGCCGUCGGCGACGAGUGUAACAAUACCGGCAAGAGCAAGAUUGCGCAGAAACACGUCGUUGCGUCGAACGAGCUGAAUCUCGGUAUCACGGUGACGCCCAUUUUCCCGGCGGAGAGCGGCGAUCGAGCGGCGAUAGUACAGCCGAUAGCCAUGUCCGACGAAGCGUUCACCGAUAAUAACGAGAGGAUACUGAAACCCAUCGGCGAUCUCUACCCGCCCGGCUCCGAGCUGAAGGAAAUCGCCGACGUUAUAUCGCGGGUACUCACCGAUCUUGCCAAACAUUACGCGCCAACGAUCAUCUUCAUUGACGAGAUCGACUGGACUACCACGAAGAACGCGGACUACGCUUCGUCGAGCUCGGAACCCGCCAGGAGAUUUCGAGCGGAACUUCUCGCUAGAUUAGACGGGUUGUUGUCGAUGGAGUAUAUGAAUGUGACACUAUUAGCAGCCACGAAUGUUCCAUGGAACAUAGAUGUCGCCCUGUUGAGACGCUUGGAGAAGCGCAUCUUCGUGGACCUACCUGAUGAAGCCAGUCGGCUGGAAAUUUUGCAAUUUUACGUGCAUCAGGAUUUGCACGAGUCUUCGGAAAUGUCGGAUCUUGUGAAAGAAACGGCUGGUUACUCGUGCGCGGACCUGAAACUGUUGUGUAAGGAGGCAUGGAUGAAUCAGUUGCGGCCCGUUUGGGCCAGGCUCGAGAGUAAGGCUGUCUCGGUGAAUGAUAUUCAGAACGACAGUCUGAUCAAUGCGAUGAGCCACAUUGCGCUUGCAAAAAACAACGUAAAACCAAUCGCUAAGCACAUGAGUGACCAAUAUGCCAAGUGGCACAAAGAAUUUGGUUCCUUUGGAUAAUCCAUUGUAUAGAUGUGGGCAAGCUCGAGGCAAUUUACAUCACGGAAUACGCGCGAUAAUUGACAAAUAAGCGGCGAGCCGUUUACAAAUGAAUGAAACGGCAGUAAUUUUGCGGUGCUCGGAAUUUAUCCAUGAGCGUGCCACGAGAAUUCUAUUAUAAAUUUUUUUACAUAUUACAGCAUCAGCCAUGUUACACGAAUGAAAACAGAUAUUACAUUCUCAAGUCAAUUAAUCACAUUAAAUUCCUUCCGUAGAAUAUAUCAGAAUCUUUCGUUUUCGCGACA